CAAGAGUUCACCCCCGGAAGAGAUAUUUAGAGGUACAUUCUUGAAGCUGCUAGCGGAAGAUAAACAGAAACACUGUUCAACAUGGCAGAGACCCACAGCCUGCAGGACAUGAGGCAACAGGCAGCCGUCGCUGCCAAAGUCUUCCUCCAGAGAGAUUACACGAUCGGCACCGUGUGCCAGUUCCAAACCAAGUUCCCCUCUGAGCUGGAGACCAGGAUUGACAAACAACAGUUUGAGGAGACUGUGCGGACGCUCAAUAACCUGUAUGCUGAAGCUGAGAAGCUGGGAAGUCAGUCAUAUAUCGAAGGCUGUCUGGCCUGCCUCACAGCGUAUACCGUCUUCCUGUGUAUGGAGACUCACUAUGAGAAGGUUUUGAAGAAGAUUGCAAAGUACAUUCAGGAGCAGAAUGACAAGAUAUAUGCGCCACGAGGCCUCCUGCUCACAGACCCCAUCGAGAGAGGCCUGCGAGUUAUUGAGGUCACCAUCUUUGAAGACAGAAGCCUGACGAGAUAAAAGCUGCCACGCUGCUGUUUGGCUGAGCGGAGCAGCCCACUACCAGUGCCCACCUCCCAGAGGACCACCCAGUCCUGUACCCUGAAAACUGCGUCUCUACAAUCUGUCCCUUCCCACGAGCUGUCAUGGGCAUGUCCCAUUCAGAGUAUGCUUUAUGACCAAGUUUAAAAAAGGUACCUGACAGUUAUUCAUAUUUUAUUUUAUCAUGAUUUGAGAUAUCUCUGUCUCUAUCUAAUAGUUUAGAGUUACAGUCUGUUAUAUUAAGUUGGACAAAGGUAAAGAAUGUGAAAUACUGAUAGACUCACUCCCUAAAGCAUCCCUGAAGCCAUGAGUAAUUAACCCCAUGUUCAUUUUGGACUACAUCUAUUAGUACAUGUGGAAAUAUCAACUUUUACAUAUUUCUUUCAUUUUGGAUUGUUCUUUUAUAUUUUUGAAUAAUGAAGCCAAAACACAGGGUAACUUAUUUUAAUGAUGGUUUGUACAACUCCCCCACUCCCAUGCUUUAAGUGAUUGUCUUUGCAGAUCUGAGGAAAUCUAUUACACAAAUAGUUGUGAACUCUGGUUAUAUGCAUGUGCAGCAUGUCACAGUCCAUUUGCGCUUAUGCUUAUUGAUGUAUCUUUUCUCCAAGGGUGCUUAACAGUGAUAUCACCUAUCCUGCAUGUGUCUUUUUAUGGGCUUUGACCUUGAAUUUAUCUGUGGGCUAAACUGUGUCAGGCUCCAAACAUUCAAGUUAAACAAACACAAACUUGAGUAUCUAUAUACAUCUUUCUUAUCUAUGUGUUGAUUAUUCUGUCGCUCAAAGCCAAACCCUUUGCUUCCUCUGCAUUUUGUAUGUACCAUAGUUAAUACUUCUUUCCGACUCUCUGUUAUUUUUAUUUAAACUGUGCCAUGCAUAGUGUUUGGUGACUACUGUUGAUUUUUGACUCAUUCACUCUAAUAAGCAUAUAUGUAUUUAUACAUUAUUGUUGUUGCCUAUGACUAUAUUAAAAGUGCUCUUGUUAGUUGACAGUGCCUGUAAUGGCUUUGAAUGUGGCCUUUGUGUCAAUCUGAAGGCCUGGUCACAUCAGGAUUUUACAGAAAUGUCUGAUAUAUUCCAGUGGCAUCCAUGUGAUUCAUAAAAGAUAAGCACAAAUGUUUUGUAUUAUGUUCAACAUUGGUAAAAAACUAUUUGCGCACAAAUUUGUACUGUUGACAAAUUGAUCUCGACACUUUGAAGGAAAUGAGAGGCGAAGACUCCAAAGUGGAGGAAGCUGUACUAGCUUAUUAGCUUAAUGUGAACCUUUGCCAACGUCCUCUUUUGGAGAAAGAACUACUACUCCCAUGAAAACAAAAAAGUUUGCAAACAGAGAGUCAAUGGUACAAAUAUAUUAUUUGUCAUAAAAUUGUAUUGCUAUUAGCUACCUAGCAAAGCUAAAGGAGCAAACAAGUGUGCUAUAUGAAUGUAGCUCUUAAUGAUUUAUUUUUCAUCUAAACUCUAGAGCUAUAUACUUUGCUACGCCAUGCUGAGGUUUUUUCUCUUCAACACUCUCUGGUGUGACCAGGUCUCAACAGUAAGAAAAUUUCAGCUCUGGACUUUUCUCUUGUUGCUAACAAGCAACAGAAUUCCAGGAUUAGGAUUAUUGUGUGUCUGUAACUUGAGCAGAAGAAUUGGUAUCUGUGAAACCUCAAGGUUUAAUAUACUGUCUUACUUACGGCCGGAAAUGUUUCGAUGACAUCUGGUGAACGUGGUGGACAGGAACUCAUUUUAAUUACGAUGUAACAACAUGUUCAAGUAUUUUUUUUAUUGCCAUAGCUAAAGGAUGAACACUGACUUACUGUUAUGUAAAUACAGUGUCAGCUCAUACUUAAUUCAUCUGGAGUUCAGUUAAUCGAACUGUUCUAGGUUCUUUUUUUCACUUGAAAUUUCAAUGUGUUAUUAAUCCAGUUGUAUGUUCAUGAAUAAAAUUGGUCCAUAUUUUA